GCCGAGUCUCCGCCUAGUCCUGCUGGUUUGAAAUCGUCCGCCGACGAAAAGCCAACCCGACAGACGGUGGAAGAUUCUGCGGAAUCAGCAAAGCUGCAAACACUUCCAAUCGAAUAUCUGCAGUAUUUGCGUUCGCCUGAACGUGUCACAUCUGCAGACUGGUUCGGGACCCUCCUGCUCAUCCCGAAAUCUCGAGUGUUGGACCGCAUUUCUGGGCCCCUUCUGUGGAUGACGGUCGUCGCCACGGUCAUCAGUGCAUUGCAUUGCUGUUGCGGCAUGCCGGGACUCCCCACGAUGCAGGUGCACACCCUCCUUGGUUCUGGUCUGAGCCUCCUUCUGGUGUUCAGAACGAACUCUGCCUACCAGCGUUUCCAGGAAGGCCGCAAGAUCUGGAACGAUAUACUGGAUCUCACCCGGGACUUGGCUCUGAGCGUGGGCCUCUUCCGAAAGGAGGCAGGACCGAAGCGCAUUCGGAUCAUUCGAACCUCUAUCCAAGCCUUCCCCUUUGCGAUGCAAGAGCACGUCCGGGCCAAGGAGUCCAACAACAUCAAGCAGAGGCUCAACUGGCUGCUGGAGGAGAUGCACCAGGCGCGCUUAGAGCUGAGCGGCCGUUCGAAGAGUUCCGGCUCGGGACCCACAGCACCGCGUGGGCCGAGACCACCGAACCGCCCUUUACACAUCAUCUCGCGACUUCUCAAUGUCGUGAACUCCAUCCCCGACUGCGAGGGAACUUUCACGAACCGCGAGCGGGUGUGGUUGCUGUCAAUGGUCACAGCGCUGUCCCACACGGUUGGCCGGUGCGAGCGGCUAGUCCAGACUCCUGUUCCACUCUCCUAUGCGCGCCAUACUGCACGCUUCGUUUCCGUUUGGACGUUAACUUUGCCCUUCGCUCUGGUCAGCAGCUACCGGUGGCUCACGGGACCGUGUGUGGCCUUCGUGACGUGGGCGCUUUUUGGUAUCCUGGAAAUUGGGAACCUCAUCGAGGAUCCCUUCCGCCGCAGCAUUGAGCUAACCCCCAUCUGCGAGGCCAUCUACCACGAUUCCGGCAGGGCUUUGUCAGCGGAAGCCAGCUCUUUGCCACGGCAGCCGUGA